CGGGCACCUAAGUUCGAAGAGCUCGAGACGAGAGCGAUGGCGCUCCCUCAAAAGAAGUACUACCGGCAAAGAGCACAUUCUAAUCCGAUGGCUGAUCACACUUUUAAUUAUCCCGUCAAUCCCGAUGAGAUGGACUGGUCCACGUUGUAUCCAGCAUACUUCAAAAGCAAAGUUGAUGAUGUCAGAGAUGAGCAGCUAUUUGUCAAACGGGAGAAGCGACCGCACGUUGAGUUUGCGGACAUUGGGUGUGGAUAUGGUGGACUGUUAGUUGAAAUUUCCUCAAUGUACCCAAACACGUUGAUGCUGGGACUUGAAAUUAGACUAAAAGUCUCGGACUAUGUGAAUGACAGAAUAGAGGCAUUGAGAAUCCAACAUCCAGGACUUUACCAAAAUAUUGCUGUCAUAAGAACGAAUGCAAUGAAGUAUCUCCCCAACUUUUUUACACAGGGACAAUUAAUGAAGAUGUUUAUUCUCUUUCCCGAUCCUCACUUCAAGAAGUGCAAAUACAAAUGGAGAAUUGUAAACUCAGCUCUUUUAGCCGAAUACGCAUAUGUUCUCGCAAUUGGCGGAAUUUUUUAUACAAUUACUGAUGUGAAAGAAGUGUAUGAGUGGAUGGUAAAGCACUUCAGUGAGCAUCCUCUAUUUGAGCAAAUGAGUGAUGAAGAGCUGCAAGAUGAUCCUAUACUUCCCAAGUUAAGCAAAAGUACAGAAGAAGGCAAGAAGGUGACUAGAAACAGGGGAGAAACCUUUGUAGCUGUUUAUAAAAGAGUACAGGAUUCCCAAGAAUAACGUAAUUGGUCCAGUUCUGUUGCUUUUGUACCCAGUACUACAGUGAGAGUAGGCUGUACAUUAGAAAGACCAAGUUUAAGAACAGCAGCAGUGCAUUCAUGCAAUUAGGAGCCCUUGUAUCACUGAUAAGUGACUAUGC